CUCGGUCCCGGUCCCGUGAUUCUGCCCGGGUUCCAAUUCCCCGUCGAGUCCACGCUUCUCGUGGUGUGCUCGUGUUUGUUCUGAAACGGAAAGCAGCACGAGCCCUGAGAACGUGACGUCUGUGACGGAAAGUGUCGUGUUACAGUCACUGAACGUCUACACAGAUAAUAAUGACAAAGUCACAGCUACAGCGCGUGAGUUCGGCGAACAUGUCCAUGUUCCAAUCAUCGCGUGUUCGAGUGUAAAUUCAACUCAAAUGCACUCUUCUCUUUCCGGUGACAUGGUGGGAGGAGCAGCUUUGGAACGCGGUGAUAUUUCACACGCAUCGGCGUGAAUUUUGUGAUUUCCGUGGAUGUUUAAUGACCGACCACGUCAGGAAACGUGACGCUGUGUGUCUCGUUCAGUCGCGGGAUCUCGACGAUAAACACGGUGAUUUUAACUCAGGCGAAUUUUGAACGGAGUUUGGUGUGAACGUCUUUAGCACGUAACUGGGCGGGGCUUUCUGCACCGUCCGGCCUCAGACAAGGAAGCCCGCUCAGCCAAUCGCGACGCGCCGCUGCUGGAACAACACGCGCGUGACCAAUGGUGACGUCCAGUGUCGCGCUUUUCACUCCAGCUCUUCUCUCAUUGGACAAACACGCAGUUGAUGUCGUCAUUUCCCUCGUGGCGCCGCGUUCGUAUCGACCAACGGCGACGCCGUAAUACAUCUGUCCAAUCAGAAUCGAGGAAUCGUUCAGCCAAUCAGAUGUGUCGGCUGGAAGCGGCGCUGUCACCGCAGCCAAUCGCGUGUCGGGAAACACAGCUCGGGCUCAACAGCUUGUUGUUCGUGAAUCGCUUCGCAGUCUGAGAGAGAGGAAGCAGCCGAGGCCGCGAAUUGACCCUCAGUGUCUCGAGCUGGACUCCAUCACACACAAGUGAAGAUGAAGGCAGCAGACGAGCCUGCCUAUCUGAGCGUGGGGACGGACGUCAGUGCCAAGUACAGAGGAGCGUUCUGUGAGGCCAAGAUCAAGACUGUCAAACGCCUGGUGAAGGUGAAGGUGACUCUGAAAGGGGACAGUGCGUCUCAGGUGGUGCAGGACGAUCAGGUGAAAGGACCUCUGAGGGUGGGCUCCUCGGUGGAGGUGAAAACUAAUGAGGGCGUGUCCAGUGAGGGUGUCAUCACUAAACUUACAGAUGCCAGUCUCUACACUGUGGUGUUUGACGACGGAGACGAGAAGACUCUGCGUCGCACGUCCCUGUGUCUGAAGGGAGAGAGACACUUUGCAGAGAGUGAGACGUUGGACCAGCUUCCGCUGACAAACCCGGAACAUUUCGGAACGCCGGUCAUCAACAAGAAAUCCAACCGUGGACGUCGUUCCUCCCAGGCUGUAGCGGACGAGGAGAACGAGUCUUCGUCCAGUGAGGAAGAGGAGGACGACAGGAGGAGACUGAACGACGAGCUGCUGGGAAAAGUCUGCAGCGUCGACAACGAGGAGGAGCCGAGCAGCUGCUUCCUGGCUCUGGUGGUGUCUCCGAGCUGCAACGAUGAGCUGGUGGUGAAGAAGGAUCAGUGUCUGCUCCGAUCCUUCACUGACUCCAAGUUUUACACGGUGGCGAGGAGACACGUCCACCCGGUCAACUCCUUCACUCUCACCAUGUCUGAGUUGUCCAACAAGAGAGCUGUAGAAAUGGCUCAGCUGUUCCUCAGGAACAGGGACGACGUCCCUGAAGAGUGGAAGAUGGACAUGAGUCAGAUCCUAGACUCUUCAUCCAGUGAUGACGAUGAAGAGGAGAAGGAGAGCGAGGAGGAAGAGGAGGACGAAGAAGAGAAGAAGAAGAAGAAGAAGCACAUCAAGGAGGAGCUGGAGGAGGAGUCUGACCCUGAGGAGCGAGACAACUUCCUGCAGCAGCUCUAUAAAUUCAUGGAAGACAGAGGAACUCCCAUCAACAAACCUCCUGUGCUGGGCUACAAAGACCUGAACCUCUUCAAGCUCUUCAGACUGGUUUAUCAGCAGGGAGGCUGCCACAAGAUUGAGUCUGGGACCGUGUGGAAACAGGUCUACAUGGAUCUGGGAAUCCCCAUCCUGAACUCUGCUGCGUCUUAUAACGUGAAGACAGCUUACAGGAAGUACCUGUACGGGUUUGAGGAGUACUGUCGCUCUGCCUCCAUCACCUUCAGAACCAUCCAUCACAAUAACCCCCGCCCUCCCACCAUGCCAGCCAACCAGAAGAUGGCAGGGGCGGAGCCCUUAGAGCCCCCCCCCACACCACAGGUGAAGGCGGAGCCUGUUGAUGAAAAGAGGGAGAAGGUGGAGUCAGACAGCGAGAGCGAGGAGGAGGAGGAGGAGGAGGAGGAGGAGAUGAAGGAGCGACAGUCGUCACCGAGGGGGAGGAGGAGGUGUGUGAAGGCAGAGACGGAGUCUUCCCCCGGACCAGAGAAGAGAGGAGCAGGAGAGAACAGCGAGGAGCAGAUGGAGGUGAGGAGACGCAGCAACAGAAGAAUGGACGACUCUGAAAGAGGUUCUGAGGAAGAGGACGAGGAAGAGGACGAUGAGGAGGAGGAGGAGAGGAGGAGGAGGAGGAGGGGAGAUGGGAGUGAGGAUGAGGAGGAUGAAGACUCUGUGACAGGGACGAAGGUCAGGGUGAAGUACGGCAGAGGAAAGACUCAGAAGAUCUAUGAAGCUCACAUCAAGAAAACUGACAUCGACAACGGAGAACAGUUCUACUUAGUCCAUUACUACGGCUGGAACGUCAGGUAUGAUGAAUGGGUGAAGGCUGACAGGAUCAUCUGGCCUGUGGAGAAAGGAACAAAGAAGAGACAGAGGAAGAAGGUGAAGAACAAAGACGAGACAGACAAAGAGGAGGAGAAGCCUCUGAAGCCUCCGGGUGCAAAGCGAGGUCGUCCUCAGAUCAGGACCACGCCCACCAGCUCAGCGGGACGCAGCGUCUCCAAGACGCCGAGCAGCGAGGGACGGUCCAACGGCAAAAGCAGCAGGACGGAGACGCCGUCCGGCAUGGCCAACGGAGACGACACUCCUCGCAGGAGGAGCAGGAGAACGUCGGGGACGUACGACUCUGACCGAGCGUCUGUCGAGGAUUCUGGGAACUCUUCAGAUGACAGCGAAUCAGAGGACACGUCUGAUAAAAAGCCAUCGCCAUGGCGAGGGAGGACGGAAGCCCCGCCCUGCCAGGAGGACGACGACGACGAGGAGGAGGAAGAGGAAAAGGCCAAGGAGGAGGAGUCAAGUGAGGUCACUGACCUCACAGCACCUGCUGACCAUGAUGACACUGUUGCCGUGGCAACACCAGGCCAGCCUCCUGCUCCUGUGUGUCCCAGCAUGCAACAGGAGAAAGACGACAAAGAGCUGAGCCGAUCAGACAAGGAGGUGGAGCAGGGGGAGGAGCCUCCAGCAGAAGUGACGGUGGCGCCGACUCCCGUGGACAAGGAGACGAGACCGUCUCUUGGACAGGAAGUGGUUGUGGAGCUGUCCCCGCCCCCUGAGAAGGUGGCUGCGUCCUCGCCCCCGCCCUCCACAGAAGACGAGUCCGCGCCUGUCCCGUCCCCCAGGGUUAAAGGUCGCAGGGUCAACCUCAGGGAGGUGGGCUCAGAGACUCCGCCCAGAAUCCCACUCUGCACUGCCAGUCCCACCCCCGGCGCUAGCCCCUCCCACAGCAGCAGUGUCUUAAAGAGACAGGACGAGCCCAUGGUGGUCCUCUGCUGCCUGCCGACAGAGCACCUCCCCCCCAAGGCUCUGCCCACAGACUCUGACACUGACUCCGCCUCUGAGGAGGAGGAGGAGGCGGGGCCACCGGAGGAGCGGAGCAGCGCUGUGCUCAAACGUAAAGCAGCAGAGCAGCGAGCAGCAGAGAAGAAGCUCCGCCCUGACAGGAAGCAGCAGGAGGAGGCGGCGGCCUCCCCCAAAGCCCCCGCCCCUGUACCUAAGAACCUCCCAGAGAGGAGGAGCGAGGCAGCGAUGAAGCCUGAAUGGCUCUGUCCUCAAGACGACGCUCAGAGGGAGGAGCCAGAAGAGCAACUGACAGGCGGAGCCAUGAAGGAGCACGAGGUGCAUGCUGGGACGCCUCCCCUCUCUCUAGAAGUGCCAGGCUCCUCCCCCUCUGAGGAGCUGGAGCCGCAGAUCGGCCCAGAGGCGCUCGUCUGCCACGAGGUGGACCUGGACGACCCCGACGAGAAGGAGAAGCCCGCCCCCUCCGCGGAACACCUCCUCCUCAUGAUGAGAGAGCCGCAGCAAGCUCCACCCCCACUGCCUAUCCUCCAAGUCUCCGUCCCCGCUCCUCACACUCCGCUCCUACCCCAGCCUCAGCUCCACCCCUUCCUGCCAGCAGCCACUCCAAGCCCCGCCCCCUGCACAGAGGAGAGGCGCCCGAUCCGGAGCGCCGUCACCGCUGAGGAGGAGGAGGAGGAGGAGGAGAGAGGAGGGGCGGAGCCAGAGGGCGACUCCAGUCCGGGUUUUGACGGCAGCGCGUCCUCGUCCUCCGCGUCUGUGAUGUCUCUGCAGGAGAACAAGGACAGAGGUCAGAAGAGGACGACGGACGGUCUCUGCAGUCCUUCGUCCAAAAAACACAAACGCAGCCAGAAACGAGCCAGCGCUGCGGGGAAGGUGGACAAGAACGGAGCAGGUCACAGCAGCGACAGCGAGGACCAAUCGCGUGCGUCAUCUGUGUCAAAGUCUCAGAAGCUCGUCUGUCCCUCGCUGUCGUCUCACAGUAAAGACAAACACUGUCCUGCGUCUCCUCAGAGGACACACAAGUGGACCUUUCAGCUCGAUGAGUUGGAGAGCAUGUCGAGCUCAGAGAGGAUCUCGCUCCUGCAGGAGAAGCUUCAGGAGAUCAGGACGUGUUACAUGACGCUGAAGUCUGAGGUGGCGUCCAUCGACCGUCGCAGGAAGAGACUGAAGAAGAAGGAGAGAGAAGUGUCCAACACCACGGCGUCCACGUCCUCGGGUUCUUCGGACACCGGCAUGAGCCCGUCCUCGGCCUCGCCCGCUCAGAGCACCGUCGCUGUGGAGUGCAGGUGAUGACACGCCCACCGGGCCACGCCCCCCCCCCACCCCCAGGCACAGCGUCCUCACACAGCUAAGGGCAUUAUGGGUAAAAGCACCUUCCUCUCGGUGAGCGUCGGACUGUCGGGAACACGUCACUGAGGGACACGCCCACCCGACCAUUGCCCCGCCCCCUCGUCUAUGGACUUCCUGUUGAUGGAAACAAAUGACAGAAAAUCAGCCGCUGCCACAGAGCUCCUUUCCUUCUUUCUUUCCUUCCUUCCUUCCUUCCUUCCUUCCAUGCGUCCUCUGCUCAGUGAUCGGUGAGUUUUAGGGGGCGUGGCAGAUUCCUCAGCAGCACAAACUUAGCCAAAUUAUUUAAUUUUUUUUUAGAAAAGUGAAACAUUUUAUUUAUUGGAAAAAACUCCAACUUCCUGCUGCGAGUGUAAUCAGAGCUUUUAUUUUGGUAAAAACAUGGAAAUGGCAGCGAAAGAGAAAAAGCCUUUGUUUGUGGAGUUACGGUUUAAUAAAGUUACUUUUAUUAAAGUUUAUUCGUACGAUCUCAGGAAACUUUAAUCAUUUCAAUGAUUUUAAUUUGUUUUAACUGCAGAAAUAAAAAAAAAGACAAAUUUUGACUCCAAAUUUAAAUAAUUUCACUUUGAUUUUUUUUUUUACGUUACUAAAAAGAUUGAGUUUUGUCUCUGCUUUGGUUUCCUGUCCGUCCUCCUGUCCUCGUCCUCGUCCUCUGUGGUGGCGGCUCAUGGCACGCGUCUGUCCCUCGGGGACGCGUCUGUCCCUUGUAAAUAAAAGCGAAGGUUUUUCACGCCUGUAAAGAAUGAUUUAUAAUAUUUUUUAAGAGAAAACUUUGUACUGUUUAUGAACUGUUUUUUUCUAUGUGGUGUUUUGAUAGCAGCGGUUAGACACACACACACACACACACGUUACCCGCGCGCGCACACACACACACACACACACUCCUGAGAGGAGAAGCCAUGUUAGGUGUGUGUGUGUGUGUGUGAAGCUCUCUGUUUCUAAUAAAGUUUUUAAAUAUG